GUUGAAGUUACCGGAAUCACUGCAGGAGUGCAGGAGAAUUAAUCCCUGGCUUCUACCGCCAGAUGCAAAGGUUGACAAAUCAUGGCUGACUGAUCCAAUCCCCGCCCGCCACGCCACUUCUCUCUCUCAUUCAUUCCAUCACUCAUCACCACCACAUUAUCCUCUCCCUUCACCUCCCAACAAUCCCUCAACCAACCAAUAAUCGACCACCAAAGUAUCGAAGAUUCCCCCAAAACUCUAAUCCAAAAUGAUCACCCAUAUCGUUCAGUUCCAAUUCAAGUCAUCCACUUCCCCCGACAAAGUCCAGGAGACAUGCGCCCACUUCAGCUCUUUAAAAGACAACUGUCUGCAUCCCACCACCCAACAGCCCUACGUCAAGUCGUUCAAGGCAGGAAAGCAGGAUUCGCCCGAAGGAAUGCAUAAUAGCAUCACCCAUGUGUUCGUCAUGGAGUUCGAGUCCAAUGAGGACCGUGACUAUUAUCUCACCAAGGAUCCCGCCCAUCUGGGAUUCGUCAAGACCCUGGACGGAUUGAUCGAGAAGUCCCAGGUAGUGGAUUUCACCGAGGGGGUGUUUUAAUCCCCCUUAAGGGGUGGUAUGCAUUGAUGAGUAUUGAUGAUAUGUAUAUAUAUAUGAUGCAGCGACGAUGCAGCAAAGGUUCAGG